UCCAACAUGGAUGGGUCAAAGCUGUUGCUGGCGAUUGGUUUGAUUCUGGGGGUUUUCUUUGCGUUUGCAACCGGAUUGCAGCGAUGGAGAGUAAAGUUUGCCGUUGCUCUUUUCCAAGAUUGGGAUUAUCGCGUCAACAGAGAACCGCCAACACAGCAGUUCACCGACAUCUCCAAGGUGUAUGCGGACAAGUCUCGCAUGGAUCUAAGCUUCGGUGCAUUUGGAAAGAAGUGGAUUUUGGAGCUCAAGCCAAACACUGCCCUGUUCGGGAAUCAGUUUACAUUUGACUUCAUUCGAAUGAACGGUCAGGUUACUAAGUUUCGAUACCCACCACAAGAGUGUUUCUUUAUCGGUACCGUGACAGCUGGACCAAAUGAAGUUGGUUAUGCCUCAAUUACAACAUGCCACAAUAAGAUCCAAGGUUAUAUCAUCACAAACAUGAACGACUAUGCCAUCAACCCGUGGGUUCCAAAGACAAAUCAAGGAAAAAAGAAACGGAGCGAUGAUAACGAAGAACGAGCUAAGCGCUAUCCAAUUUACGAUCCCAACAUGCUAGACGGCAAAUGGGUUGAUGCCCACUUCGAGCCCCUCUUUAUGCCGAAGGGGAGGAGGCUGAACAUAGAACUUGGAAUGUCAAUAGAGACGUCCUACAAGAAAGCAUUCGAAACAGAGAUAUCAACCAAUGAGGAUGACCUGCUAAUUCAUCUCGCCCUCAUCGCACAAAAUGCCCAGUUGUGGUACAUCCACCCUACCCUCGGCUAUUUGUUCUGGAUCACCCUGCGAAAGAUUGUGAUUGUCGAGGACCCAUGGAUAGCGAACGUCAACGGGCGGGCACUUUGGAGUGUGUGCAACUGGCACCGUCAAAAUGUACCCGAUUCCCGAAAUUGGGAUGGUGCCGUGUUCAUGUCAGAUGAUUUAUCAUACUGGAAUGGUGGAGAAGGCCUAGGUCAAGUAGCCGGAAUGUGCAACACUGGUCUCAACCAUUGCAUUGGAGUCGGAAAGAAGGGAUUUCAAAUGAGCACAUUGACCAGGGUGGUCACUCAUGAAAUGGGACAUCUGUUAGGCAUGGCUGAUGCGUACUAUCCACCCAUUUCUAAACUGUGCUACACAGGUCUAAUGAGGCAAGGCGUCUACGAGGACAACGACUGGGGAACGUGCGGGGUCCAGAGGAUGGAAAACUUUAUUCAUGUUAAAGGUAAACGGUGUGUUCAAUAUACUCCGAGUAUGACAACAUUGCAUCCAAGACUACCAUUCAACGUGGCCUGGAGGGCCAAAGCCUACCAGAGUAGCACCUACCUGAACGAGAAAAUCUGGGGUGCGUGGAAGGCCACCGAUGGUGCUCUGAAUGGGGUGCCUUACCUUAUGAAGAACGAAACUCUGGCCUCCUGCACCCAGACACUCCUUGAAGACAACCCAUGGCUCAUGAUCGAGCUGCCCAGCGUAUACUCCAAAACAAUUAUCACCAAUAUUCACAUUUAUAACAGAGAGGACUGUUGUGGGGACAGACUAAGUAACUUCGAGGUCCGCAUUGGAAAUUCUCCAAACCUCAACUGGAACCCCGUAUGCAAGUACCACGCCAGUUCAGUCCCUGGCGGCAAAUACGGCAUGAUCAACAUCAAGUGCGACAGCCCGCUGUCCGGGCAGUACAUAAGCAUCCAGAGGAGGCAGAGGGGUAUACUCACUGUGUGUGAAGUGAACGUCUUCCAAGAUAUCGUAGUACCACAAUUCUCACACGCUGAUGAGCCCUGCUUGGACGAGGUCACCUCCUGUCACAAGAGUUCGAGGGACUCAACUGGAACUUGCCCCAGACACAAAUUCAAUUCAUGUCCUUUCACAUGCGGGCAAUGUGACCGAUAUGGCCUCUACAAACCUCAGCGUCUCCAAACCCAGGACAUCACCCAGCCCACAUCCGAGCCAAAGCCGUAUUGCAAGGACACCAAUGCCUACUGCUAUCACUGGAAAGCUAUGGGUUGGUGCAACAAGUGGAAUUCGAAGAAUCAAUGCAAGAAGGCGUGUGGUCUAUGCUGAUCGUUACUUGAUAAAAGAAUAUACAUGUAAGUCUCGUAG